AUGAGUGAGCGACCUGUUCGAACUUCAAGAGUUAUAACGUUCACUCGUCGACAAACAUCAAGACAAAUACCAACAUCUCCUGCUUUUCCAGCAAUUCCAACUGUUUUUCGAGAUAUGUUGUCGAUAUCCGAUGAUAGAAUAGAAGUUCUAAGGAAAAACAUUAAAGAAUGUUCAAGAAUUCUUGUUCUUAAUCGUUAUUACGCAUCUUUAGGCAAAUCCAAUAUGAUACCAAAAAAUGACAUUUUCCUUUCUCGACUUUUUUCACCUACAAUCGCAUUUUCGUUCCUAGGCAUUACCAACAUGUACCAAAGUUCCACAACAUUACUAACAUUUUUACUUAAAAACCCAAAAAUUUUUUCUAGAGCAAUUGCGUUAUAUUCUAAUGAUGUUGAUUUCAAUCAUCUUGUUUCGUCAAUAAUACCUUCUGUCUUUGGAUUCUAUUAUUCAAAUGAAAUGAUUGGUUUCGCAUCUAAAUUUUAUGAAAAAUCAGUUAAAAUGAACAAUGUUAAUAGUGCAAUGCAGAUUAUAUUACCAUUCUUCUAUUCAGGAUUAUCUUCUAUGUUCUUUAAUAAUCUUUUUGAUAGGCUUUUACCUUUAGUUUCUGCUGAAAUUUAUAUUGUUGAUAACAACUCGACUUCUUUACUUGCUGUUGAAUAUGCUCACACAUUUAUCCGUUUAUGUGGUGAAUGUCUACCUUAUUUACACAAUUUUCUCAUUAGAAUAUUAAAAUUAAUUUUAGAAUUGAAAUGGGAAGAUUCACAGUUCAUUGAAUUGUUCUUUAAUAGGUUUAUCGUCAAAUUUACAAAUAUAUGGGCUCUCAAAUUCAAAUUAAAACAAAAAAGAAAUUUUAUAACAGAAAUUAUGAAUUUUGUGCCUUCUUGCAAAUCCGAACUCUUCAAACUAAAGCAAGACAUACUUGUGGCCAAUGGAACUCUCUUUGUUCCUGAUUUUUACCAAGGAAAUGAUAAAAAUCCUUUUCAAAAUUUAGUUUGCGUCCAAGAUAUGAAUUUAUUGGCUAAAAUCAUCAACCAAGCCAACGCUUUGCCUCAGGAAAUACAGAGAUCGGACUUUGAUUACCCAGAAAAGAAAAAAUUCCAAUGGUUUUACGUUGAUAUUUAUAUCCCUUCACAAAAUAUUGAAGAACCGGUUUUAUUUGGUAACAAUGAUGAUGUAGGUAAUUUGUUUGACUCGAUUAUCACUAAAAGAAGAUGGAUAAAUGACUUAUCGGAUUGGUAUAACAAAUUACUUAAAUUUGAAGCCAAUUCUACUAUUGAACAGAUGUAUAAGAUUGUUUUAUCAAUCCCUUCUUCCGAAAUCAUUACUGCACACUCUGCUUUUUAUCAUUUUGAAAAUAAUUUCCAUGAUGACGCUUUGAAGCAAGAAUUCUUUUUAGUAAACUCUAGAUUAGUUAUUUCAAGGCUUCCUGAACGUGCGUUACGCCUUCUUUUUGAGCUCAGUUCCAGAUUUAAUCAAUAUGUUAACAAAUAUGAUCAUAUUCCUACAUUUUCGGACUUUCAUAACUCUCUUCGGCAUCAUUCCACCAGGCUCUCCAUAUCUCAUUGUAUUUCUUUGAUGGAAUCCAUUGGAGAAUUGACUUUACCCGCUCAAUUUCCUGUUUUUUCAUCUGUUUUGUCUGAUUUAGAUGAAUUAUCUGAACUCGAGAAUACAGGUGAUAUUGCUUACUUUAUAUUAUUAAGUAAUACAACAUCUCCUGCUUUUCUUGGUUCUUUUACCUUAUUAUACGCAUUUGUUAUAAAUGUUCAGACUUUGGCGAAAAUUCUUGGUGCAAAGGAACUUGCAUUAUGGCAGAGACUUGAUGGAAUCAUAAUAACUGCUUUAUCUGUUGAUUUUCAUUAUUUAAAUUCUUAUCUUGAAAUAAGAAAGACUCUUUGCGAGAUUGCUAGCAUCAACUAUGGUCUAGAGUUCAAAAAAUCAGACAGUGCUCCUUCUCUUUCUUAUUCUUCUACGAUUUUGUUGUAA